AUGGGAAUCUGCAUAUCCACUGUAUCUUCAGAGAUUCAAGACUCUGAAGAUGGCCAUGAGAAUGUGGUAUUCUUUGAAGAUUCCACUGCUUCUAUAGGAAUUCAGAGGCUUGGCUCUCUUCAUUCUCAGCCAGGAAGCAAAGGACUAAACCAAGAUGCUGCCAUCCUCCAUCAGGGCUAUGGAAUGGAAGAUGGAGCCUUCUGUGGAGUUUUUGACGGCCAUGGAAAGAAUGGUCACAUAGUGAGCAAAAUUGUGAGAAACCACUUACCAUCAUUGCUGCUAAACCAAAAGAACACGCUCUUAAAGGCGAAUACUGCAAUGAAGGGUGAAGAUUUGCAUACUCAAAAGGAAAGAAGAGAUGGCAUGGUGAUGCCAAACAAGAUUUUCAGGAAAUGGCAAGAGGCUUGUGUUGGAGCUUUCAAGGUGAUGGACAAGGAGAUUAAGCUUCAAGAGGAUUUGGACUGCUCUUGCAGUGGAACCACUGCUGUAGUCAUAGUAAAACAGGGAGACGAUCUUGUUAUAGCUAAUCUUGGCGAUUCAAGAGCGGUUUUAGGGACAAUUACUGAGAAUGGAGUCACUGCUGUUCAGUUAACUACUGAUUUGAAGCCUGGCCUGCCCAUGGAGGCAGACCGAAUAAGGAAAUGCAAUGGCAGAGUGAUCUCGCUGAAGGAAGAGCCGCACAUUCAGCGCGUGUGGUUGCCCAAUGAGGACUCACCUGGCCUAGCCAUGUCUCGAGCUUUUGGAGACUUCCUGCUCAAGAACCAUGGCAUAAUCGCCAUCCCUGAUAUCUCAUAUCGCCGUCUAGCUUCCAAUGACCAGUUUCUUGUUCUAGCAACUGAUGGGGUGUGGGAUGUGCUGAGUAACAGCCAAGUUGCAGGGAUAGUUUGGUCAGCAGAGAGUGAAGAGGAGGCGGCAAAAGCAGUGGUGGAUGCGGCCACUGCUGCAUGGAAGCACAAGUUCCCUUCUUCAAAGGUGGAUGACUGCACUGUGGUCUGCCUCUUCUUGCAGAAGAGGCAGCAAGUGCUUCAAGCCUGCAAUCCUCCCAGUUGAGGAUUUCCUCUCUUUUUCACUGCAAUAGUCAGGAAAGGAGAACAGCAAAAUUGAUAAUAAUUUGGGCAUUGAAGUUAUCUCAAUGAUGCAGGCUGAAGAUAUGACUGAAAAGAAGGCACCAAUGUAUAGAUUAGGAUGUAAAACCCAAUCCGGAGUGAUUUUGGUUAAAGUGCUUUUAUAUACAGUAUUUUGUUGAUUGCUCGUUAAUUGGAGAAAUUCUUCUAAAGA